GGCGGGGUCCCAGAUAGAGCUGCCCCCGCUUCUCCGCCUCCCGACUUCCCCUGACGGCCCCUGGCUCCAGCCAAGGGAGUCGUUGCAACCUCCGCCUGAAAUUAUUGGAACAGAACAAUGGAAAAAGAAUUUUCAUUGCUGCACCUGUUGACGUACAACUUGUGAUUGGAUCGUGAAGUUUUUUUUUAGGCUAUUUUCCCCCUGCCUCAUGCGUGGCAGUGAAGAACAUUUUAUCCCUCUAAUAAUAAGAUGGGUAUAAACUUGACUAUUCAACUUUCCUAUAAAUUCAGACUGUUGCUGCUCUUUGCAUUAUGCAUGAUGGUGAUUGGAUGGGCUACCUCAAGCUACCUGGUUGCUGCCAUCCAAGAGAUUCCUAAAGUAAAGAUUUUCAACAGGACCACAAUUUGGAGGACGGAGUUAGCUUCAUCUAAUAAGGCUUCCAUGACAAAAUCAAAAUUGAAAAAGUGUCCUCUUUUGUCUCCCCACUUGAGAGGAACCAGCAAACUCAUUUUCAAAUCAAAUCUCUCAUGGGGAGAAGUACAGACAGAGAAUCCUAAAGUUCAGAAAGGCCGUUACCACCCAGAAGAUUGUAUGGCUUUACAACGGGUUGCCAUCCUAAUUCCACAUCGGAAUAGAGAGAAGCAUUUAUUAUACCUGCUGAAACAUCUCCAUCCAUUCUUGCAGAGACAGCAAUUGGAUUAUGGCAUCUAUGUCAUUCAUCAGGCUGGAGAUGACAAAUUUAACAGAGCCAGACUCCUGAAUGUUGGCUACCUAGAAGCCCUUAAGGAAGAAAAUUGGGAUUGUUUUAUAUUCCAUGAUGUAGAUCUGAUACCAGAGAAUGACCUAAACCUCUAUAUGUGUGAUGCUCAUCCAAAACACCUGGUGGUUGGCAGAAACAGCACUGGCUACAGAUUGCGUUAUAAGGGAUAUUUUGGAGGUGUUUCUGCUCUAACAAGAGACCAGUUUUACAUGGUGAAUGGAUUCUCCAACAACUAUUGGGGCUGGGGUGGAGAAGAUGAUGACCUCAGAAUCAGGGUGGAGAUACACGGGAUGAAAAUAUCUCGGCCACCUCCUUCUAUAGCCAAAUACACAAUGAUCUUCCAUACCAGAGAUAAGGGCAAUGAGGAAAACUCAGAAAGGAUGAAGCUAUUAAAGCAGGUGUCACGAGUGUGGCAAACAGAUGGACUGAACUCUUGUUCCUAUAACCUGCUGUCUGUGAAACACAAUCCUUUAUAUAUCAACAUCACAGUGAAUUUUCUUGUGACUUCAUAAUCCUACAUUAUGGGGAAAGAUAGAAUGUCCAGUUGUAGUAGUUAUUGAAUGUCUGGAAAUGGUGAACUUGACAUUCCCCCCAACCCUUUUUGCCUCUUUCACCAAGGAGUGGACACAAUGAAAAGCUGUGACUAGUUUGAAUUUUUCCUUCCUGUUUUUCUGAAAAGCAUUGUUGAUGAUGUGGAGGGAAUAAGGUUAUUGGAACAGGAAAGUUUCCUUACAGAUGAGCAUAUGCAAGAAUGAGAAGGUCCUUUGUAGCACAGUAAGAGCUGUUCAGGAGCAUUUCUUGAAAGUGAAUUGUCAGGGCCAGUUAAGUGGCUCAAUUGAUUGAGCACUGGCCCUAGAGUCAGGAGGACUCAAGUUCAAAUUCAAUUUCAAACACAUGACUGUUCUUGGGAACAACAGAAAGGUAGAUAAGUACCCUUAGGUGAGACCGAUUUAAAGAUCUCUAAGGGGAAGAACAUCAGGUAGAGGAGUAAGGAGAAACAAAGGUACUAGAGAGGGAAAAUAUUACAGAUGUCCCUGGGAUAGAAAUGAGUAGCUGAGCAAAGGUACAGGACAGCCUAUUUGAGAAAGAGGUGGCAGUAGGGAAAAUGGGGUACAGUUCCUCCACAUAUAUCCUACCUCACAUACCUAUUCUCCUCUUCUGCCUCUCUGGGGUGCAGAUGAGUCAAACAAGGUAGCACUCCAAGUAGACUGAGACAAUCCUACUGAAGAGGAAAUUUUUAAAAAAAUCAACUCUUCAUUUCCUUCUGCUAUCUCCCUUUCAUACAUACUCUUGCCACCUCAUUAUCUGAAUUUUUUUUUUAUUACUCAGAUCAUUUCCCUUUCUCUUUAGUUUAUUAGUUCAUUUUUUCUGGACUAGUAGCUAUUCCUAAUUUUGAGUUUUUUUUUCCUGAUUUUGUUCUGUAAUUGCUUAGCUCUGUGCAUUUUCCCAGGCCUUCUCUAAUGGACUCCAUACACAUUUCCAUUUAUUGAAAUCCUUUCCCCUCUAGGGCCUCAUUCAAAUGCUACCUCUUGCAAAAAAAGAAACAUUCUGCUGCUGCUCAUCAGCUGAAAGUCAUUUCUCCCUUAUAUUUUCAGAACACUUUGCCUGAUCUCUUUUGCUCUUUUCCCAUUCUAAUGGCAUUACAUUUAGAGGCACAGAAUCUUUGUUUCAAGCUUAUAUAAGCUGUGCAACCUUAAUCAGAUCACACUUUCAUUUAAAUGAGAGUUUCGAUUUUUCUUCUUUGUUCUUCUUCUUUUUUUUUUUAAUAAUAGUUUGUUUCAAAAUACAUGCAUAGUUUUAAACAUUCACCCUUGCAAAAUCUUAUGAUCCAAAUUUUUUCUCCCUUUUUCCCCCCACUCUUCCCCUAGGCAGUAAGUAAUCCAAUAUAUGUUAAACUUGUGCAAUUCUUCUAUAGAUAUUUCCACAUUUAUCACCUGCACAAGACAAACCAGAUCAAAAAGGAAAAAAAAUGAGAGUAAAAAAAAAGAAAGAGAAUAACAACAACAAAAAAGGUGAAAAUACUAUGUUGUGAUCUACACUCAGUCCCCAUAGUCCUCUUUCUGGAUGCAGUUGACUCUCUCCAUCACAAAUCUAUUGGGAUUGGCUUCAAUCACCUCAUUGUGGAAAAGAACCACGUCCAUCAAGAAUUGAUUGUCACAUAAUCUUGUUGCUGUGUACAGUGAUCUUCUGCUUCUACUCAUUUCACUCAGCAUCAGUUUGUGUAAGUUUCUCCAGGCCUCUCUGAAAUCAUCCUGCUGGUCAUUUCUUACAGAACUAUAAUAUUCCAUAAUAUUAAUAUACCACAAUUUACUCAGUGAUUCUUCAAUUGAUGAGCAACAACAGUGAUGUUGUUACAAAAAGGACUACCAAGAACAUUUUUGCACAUGUGGGUUUCUUUCACUCUUUUAUGAUCUCUUUGGGGUAUAAGCCCCAUAGAAACACUGCUGGGUCAAAGGGUUUGCACAGUUUGAUAGCCCUUUGGGCACAGUUCCAAAUUGCUCACCAACUGCUCCCCAGAGAUAUUGGUGUUCCAUCAAUCCUGCUUUACUCAGUGUUUUCCCACAUCCCCUCCAAUAUUCCUUUCUUUUCCUAUCACCUUAGAAUGACUUGUAUUCAUAUAAAUUUGAGUCAGUUCUCUAUGUAUUUAAAAAUGAGGCCUUUAUUAGAAUCUUUGGAUGUGAAAAAAAAAUUUCCCCCCGUUUUCUACUUCUACUCUUGUCUACAUUGGUUUUGUUUGAAGAAAAAAACUUUUUAACUUAAUAAAAAUUAUCCAUUUUGCAUUUUAUAA